GCCGGUCAGUAUGACUCUGCUGGACUUGUGGCUGUCGCGCUCCAUCCCCAUGUGCCUGCUCCUCCAGAGCCUUGUCCUCAUGGCCCUGUGCUUCCCCUCGGCCAGCAUGUGUCCAAAGGGCUGCAGCUGUCUACGCGACGCCCACCUCCACGGUCUCAACGUCACCUGCAGUCAGUCCCGCCUCAAAGAGAUUCCCCCCAACCUCCCAGUCGACACAGUUCUCCUGAGGCUGGACCACAAUCAAAUAGGUGCUGUGCCCGACCAAGCCUUCCGUGGACUCCGGCUUUUGAGGGAGCUGAACCUCUCUUAUAAUGCAGUGGAAACUUUAGGGGAAGGUUCCUUUAGUGGCAUCGAGGGAACAUUACAGGUGCUGGACCUUUCUCACAACCGCAUCACAAGCGUACAUAGGGAUGCUUUUGCCCGACUGAAGGCCCGCAUCAUUGUAGAUGACAAUCCCUGGCACUGCGACUGCGCCCUCCAGCAGGCCAUUGGAGGAAUGGCUCACAACCACGAGGCUGCAGCCAGGGUCCUCUGCAGGAGCUCCGAGCUUCUCGAUCAGGAGGGUCGACCUUUCCUGGCAGUUGACACUGACCUGUGUAACCUGGCAAAAAGGACCACAGACUAUGCCAUGCUGGUCACUAUGUUUGGUUGGUUUGCAAUGGUUAUAUCAUAUGUGGUGUAUUAUGUUCGUCAGAACCAGGAGGACGCCCGGCGCCACCUGGAGUACCUCAAGUCUCUCCCCAGUAAGCCCAAGAAACCUGAUGAUGCUGACGACAUCAGCACUGUUGUCUGACUAUGGCUCUUCAUUGCAGACUCAAUGAAAUGCUUUACGCAUCAGGACCCACAUUUAUAGUGUUUACUACUUCAAACUUCAGUCUCUGUGAGCAUCAUAAGGGUUUGUACUUGUCUUUACCAGGCUGAGUUUUUAUGUUCAAAGUGAAAUCAGGCAAGUAAUGAAACAACAUCCAUUACAUUUUG